AUGCUGAAGCACAGUCAUCAAUCAACUAUUAAUGAUACACUGUCUAGGAAAAAGCAUGCUAGAGGUAUUCCCCUAGUCAAACAAGAUCAACCUCUUGAGGAGGGGAUUCCUAGAGGUGAUUUUAAAUUAUCUGACAAUUUCAACAUACCAAAGAAUUACAAGGUUGAUAAUCCAAUAGUUGGUAAAGUUUGUAGAUGUGUGAACCCGAUUUGGAAGUUGUUUUUAAGACUUCGGCCUCAAUCCAUUCCAGAGACGCUUCCUGGUUCUAGAGUACUCUUUGGUUCCGGGACUGAUUUUUUAUUUACAGAUAUUCAAGAUGUUUUUAAUCCUACUGUUCCAAUUACUCUUUCAUUCGAUGUUUGGACUAAUCGUCAACACGAGGAGGAUACUGGAAUAAUGAUGGCACAGAACCAGGUUGAAUAUGUCCUUGAUAAAGCACUCAACAAUCACAGUCAGAACGGCGAGAAUUUGGCAAUAUCUUCAAUUGUUACAGAUGGUGGCAGAAAUGUGAAAGGUGGAAGGACGGAUUACAGCUAUUUUGAGGAGGACAUGAGUAAUAGAAAGACAUUUAGAUCGGCAUUUACUAAGGGUCAUCGUUUAAUUACAAUGUUAAAGGCGGAAAAACUGGCUUCCGGGAAACAAAUGUGCCAUAUUCCUGCAAUAGGAAGCACUAGAUUUAAUUCUGUCUACCACUCUAUUGCAGCUGUUUUGGAAAUGAGAUGUGACAUUGUUAUGAUUCUUGACAGGUGUUAUGUCCCAAAUAAUAGCACCUUUCCCUGUAAGAGAGUAAUUUAUCUGGCAAAGGAUAAAAAGUUCUGGAAAAGAAUGGAGAAGAUAAAGGACCUUAGUGAGCCACUAUACAAAGUUAAUGACGCCGUCCAAGGGACAAAAACACGUCUAUCAGAUGUGGUUGCCGAGUUGGUUUCUGCUCUAGUGCAAGUGCAUUUUAGAUCUUGUGCUGCAUUUAUGGAUUCAUAUAAAUCAAUAAUAGGUCAGUUAAUUGAUUUUAUACUUGAUCCUAUCUGCAUGUUAACCACGUAUAUGGAUCCUCGCUACAAAUUUGAUUUCACAGAGAUAGAUUUUCAAAGAAUCGAAACAGGUCUUGGAUGCUGCAUUGCGUGUUUCAAGCCGGAGUUUGCCACUGAAACACAAAAGGAUUUUGAGGAAUUUCAAAGAAAUCGUAAUUCAAUAAAACCCAAUUAUUUUGAUAUAGAUUUAAAGAAGUCCGGCACAGCUCAAGCACGUCCAUUAUCUGCGCUUGCCAAAAGACUUUUUUCGAUAGUUCCACAUUCAAUGUCCUGUGAGAGGCUUUUUUGUAGCAUGGGAUGGAUAAACAAGCCUCCAAGAGCAUCAAUGACUACAGAACAUAUUGUUCGUGCUGCAAAGGUUUACUUUAUGAUGAGACAGACACAAAAUUUGAAUAAAAAUUGUCAUGAAUCAUAUUUGCAAGAAUUCACAACCUCCUCUAGUGAUAUUGAAAUAGGUGUACAGAGUAUUGAUAAGCCAGAAGAUAACAAGUCCCCAAUUACUGGCGGCUUUGGUGACGAUAAAUCAAUUAUAGAAAAUUUAAAGUAUUAUAUGAAGGAUCCUGAAUCAGAGUCAUUUUGUGCACUUCUUCCUGCUUCCAUACGGAAGACAUUUCCAUUAGAUUCUACACUUAUGUUAAAAGAAUCAUAA